AUGACCGAGCCCUGUGAUGACCCGACAGGCGUGUGUCUCCUCCGCGCAUGCACUCACGUCAACUGGACGUCCAUUUGCGCACUCGGUUUUAGCAGCAACUGGGCGUGCUGCGACCUUAACGUCCUCAACGCGGUGCUGCCCACGACCCUCUGGGCCAUCUUCCUCGGUCUCAGCCUCUGGUUUGGCUGGUUCACGGGCAUCGUAAGCGAGCUGCGCACCAGCGUCGAUGACCUUCACGACAUCAACACACAAGCACUGGGUGUGGUCGUGGCGCGUCAAACACACAGUGUCCUUGGCCGCGAGAUUGGCGACCCGCGCCGGGUGCUCAUGCUGCUUGCAAUGGGCUCAGAGCUCGUCGGUUUUAGCUACCUUCCCGUUCAGCUUCUCUUGUACGAGUAUACCAACGGCACGUUCGCGGCCCAGUCGUCAGCGGGUUUUCAGUGGCUGAAGUUUUGCCUCUUUACGCUGCUGCUGUGGCUCUUGCUCUUGCCGCGGCGCGUCACGCGACGCAUCGACAGCCUCUUGACAAAAGUGGUCGCGCCGCUUCUUUUUGACACGUGCAGUCUCUUCUACAUGUAUACGAUCAUCGACAUUGGUGCGUGCUCCAACGGUAUGGACACGUGGACACUGCCCGACGGCACGACGUGCGGCAGCGAAAGUCGGUAUGGCGUGUUUGCCGCGCUUGGCACGGCCUCGUUUGUGCUCUUUUAUUGGCACUCGCUCCAGUACAAGUUGCGCCUCAACGACCAAGUAUUCGCGGUUCGAUUUCGAUACCAGACGUCAUUUGGGUCCCUCAUGGCGUACACGCGGACAGCGUGCUGUCUCGGCUUCUUCACGGUCCAGCGCCUCCUCUUGUACUUUGACAAGAUCCACGUCUUCCUCGCAUUUAGCAUCUUCAACAUGGUUCUCUUCUCGCUCCUCUUGCACUACAACUACGUCAACCAGCCCUGCCUCGGCGUCGGGCUCCUUCCAAACAACUUGCGGUCGCUCUCGUUUGCCACCUCCGUCUACACCUCGACAAUCCUCUUUGGGAUUUCGUGCGCGCUUCACGCUAGCGGCACGGAAAGAAUGUCCCUCGUCGAGCAACGUAUUUUACAGGCCGCCGCCGUCGCCUACAUUCCGUUUGCCGUAGCCACGUGGGCCAUCAACUCGCGGCGUGCCCGUUUGUACCACGUUCCCAACUUGAGCUUGAAGGCGUCGUUGGUCCACUCGACGCCCCGCGUCCGCGCGAUUGCUGCUGUGAGCAUCGCUCUCGAAGAUCAGUCGCGCUGGUCGACCAGCGACAUUCUCGACCUGCUGACGCUUUUGGAUGACAACUUAAAGACGUCGCCGGCCUUCGAACAAGGUCUCGUGCUCGCGUACACGUGUCAAGCGCUGUGGAAUCUCUACUUCAAAUACGUUUCGGCGCGGACUCAAUGA